AAACGGAGACUUGCGUGAUUUUAUGCAGCAAUUUGGAUACAUAUUUACCCAAAUUGGAAUUUUGAGUCCCAAACUCAGAACCCUAACGCACUCUCUUUCUUCUAUCGUCUCGCGUGCGUGCGUGAAAGCUAAGCAAUUCAAUGGUGUUCUACUUCAAAGCACGCCCUGAAGCCGGCGAUUACACCAUCUUCAUGGGACUUGACAAGUUCGAAAAUGAGGAGCUCAUCAAAUACGGUUUUAUCGAAGAUAUCUGGUUCCAUGUCGAUAAGAUGUCUUCAGCCCAUGUUUAUGUCAGAUUGCACAAAGGACAGACUAUUGAUGACAUGAGUGAAGGUUUACUGGAAGACUGUGCUCAACUUGUCAAAGCAAAUUCCAUUCAAGGAAACAAAGUAAACAAUGUUGAUGUUGUUUACACUCCCUGGUCUAAUUUAAAGAAAACUGCUUCAAUGGACGUUGGUCAAGUUGGUUUUCACAACCCUAAAAUGGUGCGAACUGUGAGAGUGGAGAAGAAGAUAAAUGAGAUUGUUAACAGGCUGAACAAGACAAAGGUGGAAAGAAAACCUGAUUUGAAAGCUGAGCGAGAAGCAGUUAAUGCAGCUGAAAGAGCUGAGAGAAAACACCAACUGAGAGAAAAGAAACGCCGUGAGGAAUUGGAAAGACUGGAAAAGGAGAAACAAUCAGAGCUUAGGAGCUACAAGGGUUUGAUGGUUGCCGAAAAUAUGACAUCAAACAAAGAUAUUGCAUCAGGAAGCAAAUCAUUCCAGGAAGUGGAGGAGGAUUUCAUGUAAGCAUUGAUUAUUGGAUUAUAGACAGAUGACCGAUGUUCAACUUGCUGCCAUUGAUUAAAUAGCCCAACCGGAAUCUGAAACUGCAUCACUGUUUUGGUUAAGGAAACCAAGUGGUGUGUAGCCAACUGUGAUUUAGGGAUAAAGGGGAAAAGAGAAAAAAAUAGGGACGGGAUAAUGCAUUGUGUUAGUCUGUUCGACACAAUGAUUGGUUUUUGUACCUUGUGAUGGUAAUUUACUUGAUUUAUAACUUUGCUUGAGACAAUGGUUUUUACAUUAAUGUUCUCACAUUCGAGUAAAAAAUUGAAGUCUCUUGCUCUAUUUAUCACAAAAGUCUUGCUAGGAUUGUUCAGUUAUAA